AUGCUGACGAUGGGCAUCCUCGCCGCCCCGAAGCCCGUGAAAGCCAGCAGCGCACACUCGCAGCCGCAGUCUCGGCAGCAAUCGCCCUCGCCCAAGCUGCUCCAGCAGCCGCGGCCAGCGUCGGCAGCAGUGCUCAUCCAGCCACAGCCAUCCGCUGCUACAAACAGCAACAGCAACAGCGCCCGACCCCGCGUCCAGCCGCUCACUGUCUCGAAUCCAGUCGCCGUGCCCAGCACCCGGGCGCGAGCAAUCCCGAAUCACGGCUCGUUCGAUAGCGACAGCCAUGCUGAGCUCCAAGGCAUCCUCCUCCAGCACGGCGCAACCAGCGCAGACGCAAGGGCGCUCUUCCCAGCCUCGCCCCCGACUCGAGCGGCCAAUCCAAUGGCCAUGAACGACCCGUUCUUUAUGCCACACCACCAGCCGGGCGUUGAGUUGGGCCUGCUGAGCCCAUCGCCGCCUCCAACCGCGCUGGCCGCGUCGUCCAUUCGCGCCAUGGCCAACUCGCCGACCAAGGGCUUUCCGCUGCACCAGACCCCUCCGCUGCAGUACCGCCACAACAAUCAGCACGACGAGGGCUUUUUCGUCGGCAGCCCGUCGCAGCAGUCGAUGAUUUACUCUGUCAACGGCCACUCGCACCACCACCACCACACGGGCGGCGUGGACAACCUCGUGUACGCCAACACUUCCUUUUCCGGGUCGCACCCAUUCUCUGGCGUCGGGAGCCAUCCAGGCAGCUCUGGCUUGAGCUUGACCAUCCCUCCCACCGCGCUCGGCAUGGCAUCCUCUGGCAACGGCUCGGGCACGGCAAGCCCCAACCCUUCCAGCCCGCUGUCUCCGCGCUCGUACUCUCGCGCACGCUUUGGUCGCAAGGUGGUUGCUCAGCAGGCUCCUCCGCCGUCCUCGACCAACCGCGCUCAAGGCCGCAAGAAGGCCCACAGCUUUGGGGACGAGCCACUUCCCAGCCUGUAG